UUUAAAAAAAAGACAAACUUUUUUCAGAGAUUUUUGAUUCCAGUGGAAUCUUUGCUUUAGUUUUUUUCGUGUGUGUGUGUGUGUGUGUGUGUGUGUGUGUGUGUGUGUGUGUUAGUAAAUUGUAACUCCAGAAGCAAUGCCUGUACAAGCUCCACAAUGGACGGAUUUCCUCUCCUGCCCAAUUUGCACUCAGACUUUCGACGAAACUAUUCGAAAGCCCAUCAGUUUGGGCUGUGGCCAUACUGUCUGCAAGAUGUGCCUGAAUAAACUCCACCGCAAGGCUUGUCCAUUUGACCAGACCACUAUCAAUACAGACAUUGAGCUCCUUCCUGUGAACUCAGCAUUGCUGCAACUAGUAGGUGCUCAGGUCCUUGAGCAACAGCCCAUUACUUUGUGUAGUGGGGUUGAAGAUACAAAACAUUAUGAAGAAGCAAAAAAAUGUGUAGAAGAAUUAGCAUUGUACCUGAAACCACUCAGCAGUGCACGGGGAGUGGGUCUGAAUAGCACUACUCAGAGUGUUCUGAGUCGCCCAAUGCAGAGGAAGCUGGUGACUCUGGUUCACUGUCAACUAGUGGAAGAAGAAGGCAGGAUUCGUGCUAUGAGGGCAGCUCGAUCGUUGGGUGAACGAACAGUUACAGAGCUCAUUCUCCAGCACCAGAAUCCUCAGCAACUUUCUUCCAAUCUUUGGGCAGCAGUCAGGGCUCGAGGCUGCCAGUUCCUUGGACCAGCAAUGCAGGAAGAAGCUCUAAAGUUGGUUCUAUUGGCCUUAGAAGAUGGAUCUGCUUUGUCAAGAAAAGUUUUGGUUCUCUUUGUGGUGCAAAGGCUGGAGCCUCGCUUCCCUCAAGCUUCUAAAACUAGCAUUGGACACGUUGUCCAGCUCCUUUAUAGAGCCUCCUGUUUCAAGGUCACCAAACGUGAUGAAGACUCUUCUUUAAUGCAACUUAAAGAAGAAUUUAGAACCUAUGAGGCUCUCCGACGAGAACAUGACUCCCAGAUAGUGCAAAUUGCUAUGGAGGCUGGUUUAAGAAUUGCACCAGACCAGUGGUCCUCUUUGCUGUAUGGAGACCAGUCUCAUAAAUCUCAUAUGCAGUCAAUUAUUGACAAGUUGCAGACCCCAGCCUCUUUUGCACAAAGUGUUCAGGAACUAACGAUUGCUCUCCAGCGGACUGGAGACCCAGCAAACUUGAAUCGACUGAGACCCCAUUUGGAGCUCUUGGCAAACAUUGACCCUAGUCCAGAUGCUCCUCCUCCUACUUGGGAACAGCUAGAAAAUGGUCUGGUUGCUGUGCGUACAGUGGUGCAUGGACUGGUUGAUUAUAUUCAGAACCACAGCAAAAAGGGAGCAGAUCAACAGCAGCCUCCACAGCACAGCAAAUAUAAAACAUACAUGUGUCGAGACAUGAAGCAGAGAGGAGGAUGCCCUCGUGGAGCCAGCUGUACAUUUGCACAUUCACAGGAGGAGCUAGAAAAAUUUCGUAAAAUGAACAAGCGCUUAGUUCCCAGAAGGCCCUUGAGUGCCUCUUUGGGUCAACUUAAUGAGGUGGGCCUGCCUGCAGCUGCUAUCCUUCCAGAUGAAGGUGCAGUGGAUCUGCCCAGCAGAAAAGCGUCUGCUCUGCCAAAUGGAAUUGUAUCAGCAGGGACCACCGUCACACAGCUGAUUCCACGAGGGACAGACCCCAGCUACGAUUCUAGUUUAAAACCAGGAAAGAUAGAUCAUCUGAGCAGUAGUGCCCCUGGGUCCCCUCCUGACCUACUCGAAUCUGUCCCUAAGAGUAUUUCUGCCUUACCUGUGAAUCCACAUCCUGUACCUCCAAGGGGGCCAACAGACCUGCCUCCCAUGCCUGUCACCAAACCACUUCAGAUGGUGCCACGAGGUUCUCAGUUAUAUCCAGCCCAGCCUGCAGAUGUUUAUUAUCAGGAUCCUCGGGGAGCUGCUCCACCAUUUGAAACAGCACCUUAUCAGCAGGGUAUGUACUAUACUCCACCACCACAAUGUAUGUCCCGCUUUGUCCGGCCUCCACCAUCUGCUCCUGAAGCUGCACCUCCAUACUUGGAUCAUUAUCCACCCUACCUCCAAGAUCGUGUAGUAAACUCCCAGUAUGGAACACAGCCACAGCAGUAUCCGCCCAUGUACCCACCACACUAUGAUGGCCGUCGGGUAUAUCCUGCUCAGUCAUACACAAGAGAGGAGAUAUUCCGAGAAAGUCCUAUACCCAUUGAGAUUCCACCUGCAGCAGUACCACCCUAUGUUCCGGAAUCCAGAGAAAGAUGCCAGCAGAUAGAGGCUUACUAUCCAGUGGCUCCUCACCCAACUCAGAUCAGACCUCCAUACCUCAGAGAGCCUUAUAGUCGGCUUCCGCCUCCUCCCCAGCCCCACCCUAGUCUAGAUGAGCUACAUCGCCGAAGAAAAGAAAUAAUGGCCCAGCUGGAGGAAAGAAAGGUCAUCUCCCCACCUCCUUUUGCACCUUCACCAACAUUGCCUCCUGCCUUCCAUCAAGAGGAAUUUUUGGAUGAAGAUUUAAAGAUAGCUGGAAAAUACAAAGGAAAUGAUUAUAGCCAAUACUCUCCCUGGUCAUGUGACACCAUUGGCUCCUACAUUGGGACCAAAGAUGCAAAACCCAAAGAUGUUGUGGCAGCAGGGAGUGUGGAAAUGAUGAAUGUAGACAGUAAAGGUAUGAGAGAUCAGCGAUUGGAUCUUCAGAGAAGAGCAGCAGAAGCCAGUGAUGAUGACCUCAUUCCAUUUGGAGAUCGACCAACAGUAUCUCGGUUUGGUGCCAUCUCUAGAACUUCCAAAACGAUCUAUCAGGGUGCCGGCCCAAUGCAGGCGAUGGCACCUCAGGGAGCUCCCACAAAGUCUAUGAACAUUUCAGAUUAUAGUCCCUAUGGAACCCAUGUUGGCUGGGGAGGGUCCCCAUAUUCACCUCAUCAAAACAUGCCUUCUCAGGGACACUUCAGUGAGAGGGAGAGAAUAUCCAUGUCAGAAGUGACCAGUCAUGGAAAGCCCCUUCCAUCUGCUGAGAGGGAACAGCUACGACUAGAAUUACAGCAACUGAACCAUCAGAUUAACCAGCAAACCCAGCUACGUGGACUAGAGACUGUUAGUAACAGACUGGUGUUGCAGAGGGAGGUGAACACCCUGGCAGGUCAACCACAACCUGCACCACCUCCAAAAUGGCCUGGAAUGAUCUCAAGUGAGCAGUUGAGCUUGGAACUACACCAGGUGGAAAGGGAAAUUGGAAAGAGAACGCGGGAACUGAGUAUGGAGAACCAGUGUUCUCUGGAUAUGAAAAGCAAAUUGAAUACCAUUAAACACGCAGAAAAUGGACAACCAGAACCGCAAAACAAGGUUCCGGCUGAGGACCUUACAUUGACAUUCGGCGAUGUACCGAAUGGAUCAACCCUGACACAAGAGAAUAUCACCCUCCUAUCAAACAAGACCAGCUCUCUGAACCUAUCAGAGGAUCCUGAGGGAGGAGGGGAUAACAAUGACUCCCAGAGAUCUGGAGUUACACCCAGUUCUGCUCCCUAAAAUAUGAGGAGUUCCUAUUCUUAACCUUUUUGCUCCUAAUCAAUUUGUGGGGCUCCAGGGUAGGAGAAUGGAUCAUGUGUUGUAGGCCUUUUCUCUAAGAGUGGUCAGAGAAAUCCAGGAAAAGCACCAGAGGCGAUGUGCACAACACCACUACUAAAAAUAAGCCCUGCACAUAGUUAACAUUAAUGCAUUUUUUUAAUUUUAAGAAAAAGAAAAUUAGCAGUAUCUGCAAGCAAUUCAGAUUAAAUUUGUUUUUGUUCUGUGAAUGAACUUUAUUUUAAUAACUUUGGACGCCUUGGAUCCAGGGCUUAAAAAAAAGAAGAUAUUAUAUAUACACUCUGUUUGAUUAAUUGUAUGAUCUUAAUAAAGUAGGUUUUCUUGUAUUUGGUAUUAUUACAUACCCAGUGUAUAAUUCCUUAGUCCUUUCCAGUUCUCACCACCCCAUAACCUACAGCAGGCAAAAAGCACUGGCCUUUCUGAGAAUUCUGUGGUACUUGAGAAUCAAAGUGACAGCCUGUACAUAGGCUGAGUCGUUAGAAAAUGUGCAGCAAACUAACUUUACCCAUAGUCCUUUUCUACCACCACCUCCUCCCUCCCUUUCUGGGUUUUUUAGCUCCACGAAUAGUUACACUUUUCUUACGGUGUGCGACUUUGUAGGAUGGUUGAUUGUUAUGAAGGUUUACUUGUUUUUGUAGAGAUGAUUAUCAAACGGUUCAUGUCCCCUUUCUCAUGUCACACAUGACUUUUAAUUCUCAUACUGUAAUCAGAAAGCUAAUUCUACAUUGAUAUUGUUUGAUUAGCUUGAUGUAGAGUACCUUAAGGAUGAGCACUAUUACCAUCACUGAAAAUACAUGUUAGGUUUAUUGCCUACAUUGACUCAUCGUCGGAAAUUUGGAGCUGUCUCAAAUUUGAACUUUUACUAAAAUCAUAGAAUGUUUUAAAAGCCACAUCAGCCAUGUUUUAAAACUGCAAUAUUUGAUUUGAGCAUUAAAUGAAAAGAACCACAUUCUGCCAAUAGAUGUAUUGUUUUACCCACAAAAUCUAAAAGUUUAAAAUAAAUUCCCUAAAUACUGGAGCCCUGCCUUUCAAAAAGAUUUGUCAAAUCUGAGCUGCCAUGGUCUUAAGACUAAUUUGUGAUAAGGCUAAUUUAUAGAUUGAUCAAUUGCUGGUCAGGAUUACUAGAACAAGUAGGUAGUAAAUACCUAGGUUGGUUUUUAUGUACCUGACUUUACAGUAGUGAGAACAUUUCUUUGUUAAAUGUUGAAAAGAGUAAGGAAGGCAUUUUUUUAUUAUCUGGUUCUGCUGCACAUAUUCUAAUGCCACGUGUAUAUACUGAACUCUUAAGAAUCUAGAAAAGAUUAUAGUCACCUUCCUAUCCCUUUAUUUGCCUGAUCACCACCACCCCCUCCCUUUUCUGGAUUAUACUACUAAAUCAGAAAGCACUGGUUAUGUAAUAAGUUACUGCAUUGCUUUGGUUGGGUAAAAGCAAGAGUUUAUAUUUUUCUUGUUUCCUUUUUUCUUAACCCUUAAUUCCUGCUGAGGUCAUAACCACCUCAGUCUAAACCCUGUGUCCAUCAUAUUGCUAACUGAGACAAAGGGGGGGGAGGGGGGGCAAUACAGUCCUACCAUUGCCUACCAGUAGGAGAGUCCAAACAGAACACUCUUUUGAGUAGUGAGUAUUUAAUUUGCCCAGUCAAGGCACCGUGUUAUAUAUACUAUUUCACAUUGAAUUUGAUUAUGCCCUACAGACCUGGCUGGUCAAGGAUUUGAUAUACACAUAUUGGCUUGGGAUUCGAGCUUUCUUUUUUAUUUAAAUAAAAAUUUAUAUAUAUUAUAUAUAUACAAAUAUACAUAGCUAUAUCUGUAUAUAUAUUGGGUAUGUUUUAAGGAUUUUUUCGCAUGAGCGCAGCUGUUGCGAUAAAAUGUCUGAUUGGGAGGUAGAUGCAAUGAAUGAAGAUGAGGCAUUUUUUCAGUUGAUAACUGCUGUUUGUUCAACAGAAACUUACUUUUUUAUUUUGUUUUACUUCUACUCAAAAUCCUCUUACAUUUACUCUUCAUAUUUUUAUUGGGAGAAGGAAAGAAACCUUGUCUGUCUGACAGAGUUCCGGGAUUUUUGUUUGUCUGCAUAAUCAUAAAAGGCAACCAACCUCCCUUGGCCUCCAGUCUCCUGUAGGCAGGUUUGAGCAGAUCUGUUUUUGCCUUUGCUCUGUCUUGUAAAAUAUUCCUAAAGUUUAGAAGCAGUUGGUUCACUUUGGAACUGAUAGAUUUCCUGUUUUAAAAGGGGAAAUUUAUAAGUAUUGAUUUUGUUUAAUAAUAAAGGUAAACUUCUAUUCCGAGUAUCUACUAAAACCCUAACAGCUUAACCUGCUGUUAUUAUUCCCUUCAAAUAUGUUCUUUCUGCAUUCGCCAUUUUGACUUUUUAGACAGGUAGGUGCAGAAAUAAAUUUUUACAGUAUUCCUGUUCUGAACAGAUCCAGAGAAGGCACUGCUUAGGCUUAAAAUAAUCUUGCCACACAAUCCUAGUUGUACCCCUCAAUGUGCCACACUUCCAGAGGCAAGCUGUUGAGGUAAAAAGCUGGAAAAAUAGUAUAUUGUUCCAUUGUACCUGUAACUUAUUUUAAAUAGAUUAUUCUGCCCUACCUGAUGUAAAUUUUUCUAGCUUUCAUAGUGCUCACUAACAGAUGUCAGAACUCAAUCAAAGCCACAAAGUGUGUGGGAUUCUCUGUUCUUUUCCUCUUCUCUGUGAUCUGUGCUGUGAUGUGAUGGACCUAAAAGGAGUAAUGGCCAAUUCGAGCAUAGUUGCUUUUUUGUCAAAAUCUGUGAAAGGAAUUGCUUUUCUAUCCUUCUUAUUUUAUUCCUAUAGAAAUAGUUAAGAUUUAGAUAGGAAAUCUACGUUUUAUGCCUUCCGUUUGUUGAAAUGCUCAUUUCUUCUGAAUAUGACUUUGUUUUUCAUUCAAAAGGAAUACUUUCAUGGACAUCUCAGAUGAACAUAAGCAACUCAGAGAGGGUUGCGUUAGGAAUAAUAAAGCAUUGUGUUCACUCUUUAGGUAACAAAAUCAGAAUUUUAUUACACCAAGGAAUAUAAAAGUACUUCAACUUAUAUUUUCAAGUGGUCGCUGGGUGGAAGAACUGAGAGUAGCACACCGAAGUUCAACUUCUGUUUUAUAUGAAGUUCCUCUUGUUUUAAAUAAUGUCACAGAGAGUUAACAACAGCUGCCCUGUGUUUUGGUAAUUUCAGAGCUUUCUGAUUAGAAGACAGCUGGUCAUAGGCUAGGUUUCAGGUAACACUGUUCAAACGCAAAGACACUAUCCCGAAUUCUAGCUACAAAUAGUCAACGUACUCAAAAUGCAUAAAAAUUAUUUGUCAUAGAAUUAAUGUGGGUGAUUCCCUUCUCCCAUCUUAUCCCUCCAUUUUCCUAUUCUUUCCCACUUAUUUUUCCCUAGAAGACAAAAAAAGCUUUGAUUCUUAUUUGCUACUUUGAGUAUGUAACUCCAUUAGACUUUUAUUGGGUCUUAGAGUUCAAGCUCAACAUUUUAGCUCCUGAAUCUUCUUAUGAAUAAAUUUUUGUAGGGUUUUUUUUUUUUUUUUGCUGACCCUUUCCAUUCCUGCCAGUUCCCUUUGACUUUACCCACUGCCCUUCCCAAUCUGCAACAGUGACAGUUUGCUGCCUCAAAACAGAGCAUUCAAAUGAAUUCGCUUAGCCAAUAACUUCUGUGAAGUUGCCUUUUCUAAUGGUGUUAUUACUCAGUGAUGCACAAAUGUGGUAUUUGCCCUACUGGUAGGCAAACAAAGGUCUGGUUAAGAAUGAUAAACCUGCUGUUUUCUCUAAAGGAGAGCCAAAGACUUGUGCUUUACUCUGUUUUGGUUUGGGGGGAAGUAGUAGCCAUUGUGAUUGUGAAGCCUUUUUAGUAUUUGUGAGUUGAUUGUACUGUGCAAAACCAUUUAUGUACAGUUAAUUGUUAAUGUUAGCUAGCCAUAUAAAAUGUACAAGUAAUGAAAAGUCAUUGAUUUCUCUAAACCAAUGAAUAUCAUAUUUUACAGUAUUGUAUGUAAGCAGCCCACCCUGCCCUUUCCUUUUUUUUAAUUUUUGAGAUUACUUUGUUAUGAUUGCAUGUUCUAUGUUUUUUAAGCUUGUGCCUAAAUGACAAUCUUUCACUAUAGUCAAGUCAAGGAACUGAGUAAAAUUUUUUGAGCAUGGGACUAGUGAGAAAUAAUUAACUGUUAAUACAUGUUCAGAUUUAGUGAAAAGUCUAUUUUUCCACCCCACUAGAAAGUAUUCAAUUACUAUCACUUUUAGUAUUCAAUUACUAUACUUUAUAUCCAAUAAGUAAAGUAACUUUUUUGUUCAUUUUAAAGAGUUUCGUAAAGAUUUAAUUAUAAAAUCUUUCUUUAAGGAGCACCUUUAGUUACUGAUAUUUUUAUUAAAAGCAACCACCCAGUUAUAUGUUCAAAUGUAUUUUAAUAGCCUUACUGAAAAUUAACUCCAAUGUUUGCUUAGAUUUGUAUGCUCUAAAAGAGUCCAGUGGUGGGUUUUUUUAGUUGGUGAUAUGUCCUACACCAUUACAAGAUGACUUCUCUUCUUCAAAAAUUUACCUGUCUUUUGAAAUAGAAACCAGGCAGAAGUAUUUAAAUUUAAGAAAGUUGUGCUUUCAACGUUUAGAGAUUGAAUAAACAUUUCUAUCUGAAUGCCCAUUUUGCUGGUCUACAUUCAUACUGCUCUACCUUGGACAGCUAUAGUCUCUAUAUCCUCGUUGUUGCUUUGGUUCAAUUUUAUGAAUUUUCCUGCUGAAAUGGCUUAUUGGUGAAGGUGAAUUGCCAUUUAUAUAUAUGUUUUUAAAUCUCAAGUCAGCUUUUCUGAACUAAUUGAAAAACAAAUAGAGGCAUUUUUUGUUAAAACAGUACUGUGUCAUAAAUAACAACUUGGACUUUAGGACUCCAGUUCUGCAGUUGCUAUAGAUAUUUUCCCAAAUAAUAGGCUCAAGUUGAUAGAGCUAGCUGUAAUAGUCAUUAAAACCAGGAAACUUCUGCCACCAGGACUAAAGUAAGAACUUGGAAUAAACAUGUUUCCAAUAAGGUGGGUUUUGGAAACUGCACUGAAACAAAUGGGUAAAGAGACCUUUGAAAUCCUAUUGUGAUAAAGGGACUUAACUCACCACUGGAAUCCUUGUUUUUAGAGAGCCUUCAGCCAAAUAACGGAAUUUCCUCUAAGCCGUAUUCCUGGACAAAACAUUCCUAGAGUAAUAAUAACCUUUGUUUACUGCAAAAAAUAAGGCACAGUAACCCAAAGAUGGAGUAGAAAAUACUAAAAAUCGUGUGUUCAGAAAUAAUGUAUUUUGUAAAAUAAGAUCCUGUGGAAUUUAAUAUCUUACCAUACAUUAUACAAGAUGAGGGAACUUAUUGGACCUGAGGGCUUGCUUUUGGUUAGUUCUUGUUCCUUGGUUUUUGUUUUAAACUUCAAGUAUACAGAGCUCACAAGUCUUUGGCAUCCAUUCUGAGUUGUAUGCUUAGAGUCAUCUGAUAACUGGAAACUGUCAGGUGCCCCGUCCCCACCCCCAAUGGUGCAUGAAAGGGUCAAGAAAGGAUGAAAACAAACUUAGGUGGAUAAUUGGUUCCCUGUUUUGUUUUAAUCACCCCAUUGAUUGGCUGCCAUUCUCAAAAUAUGUACCUGAAUCAUCCCGUGAAGUUUCCUCUGACUUGAAGGCAUUUUAAGCUUUUGCUCAAUGUUUUUGUGCCUCCUGCGCAACUAAGAUAGCGUCUUGAGAAAGCUACUCUUCCCCGGUGUUCUGUUGCCUAAAUUUUCAUACUUAUUUCCUUUCAACUUUCCUCUCUUCUCACCAUAGGAGAAUGAAAGGAACUUGGGCGAAUCAUUUCCCCUUGUUUAUUCAUUGGCCCAUGGGCCUCGUUAUCUUACUUUCGAAUGAAUUUUUGGAAUGAGCAGUGGAAAGGCGAAUUAAGAUAAUGAACAUUUUCCAGUUGUGAGAUUCCUCUUUGUGUUUAUGGUCUCUUGUCCUUGUCGGCUUUGCUCCCCCGGCUCUUGACUAUGGUCAGUUUGGUCUUUAGGCUCAUACCAGUCUCCCCGAGACAUGCUGCAGUCAUUAUCACCUUUUUGGGUGGAUUUUGUUUUAUUUCAUUUUUUUAAAAAAAAUAGUAACUUUUUUAACAUUGAUGCAUAUUUGCUUGGGAUAGAGCUUAUGUAAUUUACCAAUCGUAUUGAUUGUAUGUGAUUGUGCCCUGCAGAGGUAUAUUUAACAAGAUAAAAAUAAUGACCUAGGUUAAUAAAGGAGCCCAUGAGAUUUGAGUCAGGUUAUAAGUGAUUGGCUUAAUGAGAUCACUUAACAGUGUUGGAGAGUGAGAAUUUGUAUCUUCCAUUAUAGAUCAGUGGUAGACAAAGUACCAUUUUAAAAAUGUUUUCCUUGCACUCUUGUUUUGAUUUUCCUUGUCUCAGCUUCCUCUUCCUUCUUGCCUGCCUGCACCCACUUGUUCAGAAAUGAAAAUAUUGAGCCUUAAAGCUGAUCACUGCUGGAUUUUGAAAUUUUGCCUUUUUCCUAUUACUUCCAGCUUACAACAAUCAAAAGGUAAAGACAACUAGCUAGUAUGUUGGGAUUUCACAAGCUGUGAAUUACUUAGUCUCAGCAAACUGAAGCCUUGUUUGAAGACGUCUCCUGGAUGUUCUUUUGGGAUAGGAAAACAACCCCUGUUGAAGUGGACCGUUUUCCUCUCUCAACCAACCUUUAACCAGCCUUUGAAACAAGCGAGGUGGAACAAAUGAAAUAGGAAGAUACUGACGGCAGUGAUGCCUCAGUCUGAAUCAGUACAUGUCCACUGGUUACAGACGUUUCCAAUUUAGUAUUAUUUGUGUGCAUGUUGUUCAUUAUCAAAGAUGCCACAUAUUGUUUUAAAAGGCUAUUUUCUUUCUUCAUUAUCUUGGAAACUGACUCGGCCUCAUGUUGCUCCUACAUAGUGUUUAAGGCUCUUAUGAGUUGCAGAUAAAAGGACAUAUUUUAACAAGUAGAAGGGAGGUGAUUCACCUUUGGUUUGUAAAUAUAUGAAAGUGUCUACAAGGUCUUUAUCUGCUAUCUGUCAGCAUUUAUAUUAAAUGAUAAAUUAAUGAGAA